AGUAGUCACGGAGAAAGAGAGAGAGAGUAGAAAGAAAGAAAGAAAGAAAGAAAGAAAGAGGACCCUAAUUCCACAAACAGAGAAGAGAAAGACACUCGCAGCGGUGGCACCGGCGCAUUCCCAGUCGGAAUUAGCAUUUUGCGGCGGCGAUCUCUUCCUCUCCGUCUCUCUCCCUCUCGAGCCAGUUCCACCACAUUUUCUGGGACAGAUCCAGGAUCUGAUGUCAAUUUUGGGGCCAAAAUUACAAAUGUAGUUGCUGAUUCAUUAACAUUUCCAUCAUUUCGAAUUUGUGUGUAUAGUCUGCAAUGAGCAUCUAGUAGGGUAUUACUUUAUUUGGGUAACAAAAAUUGUAUUUUGGAUUUGUUACAAAGGUAUAGACUGUAAAAGAUGGUGAAGUUGACUAUGAUUGCCCGUGUCACUGACGGCCUUCCACUAGCUGAAGGACUGGAUGAUGGUCGCGAUCUUAAAGAUGCUGAAUUCUACAAACAGCAAGUUAAGGCUUUAUUUAAGAAUCUCUCAAGAGGGCACAAUGAGGCGUCGAGGAUGUCAAUUGAAACUGGCCCUUAUGUCUUCCAUUAUAUAAUAGAAGGACGUGUAUGUUACUUGACAAUGUGUGAUCGUGCAUACCCUAAGAAACUAGCUUUUCAAUAUCUUGAAGAGCUAAGGAACGAGUUUGAGCGUGUUAAUGGGUCUCAAAUUGAAACUGCUGCCAGACCUUAUGCCUUCAUUAAGUUUGACACAUUUAUACAGAAAACAAAGAAACUUUACCAGGAUACUCAUACACAGCGCAAUAUUUCAAAGUUGAAUGAUGAACUCUAUGAAGUCCACCAGAUAAUGACUCGAAAUGUGCAGGAAGUUCUUGGUGUUGGCGAACAAUUGGACCAGGUCAGCCAAAUGUCCAGUCGUUUAUCAUCAGAAUCCCGCAUGUAUGCUGAUAAGGCUAGAGAUUUAAAUCGACAGGCUCUAAUUCGGAAGUGGGCUCCUGUUGCUAUUGUUUUCGGAGUUGUCUUCGUCCUUUUCUGGCUCAAAAACAAACUUUGGUGAUCAAGCACAGUAUAUUAGGUUUUAAACCCAGGAUUUUGCUGCGCUGUGGCUUCUUGCUUUUCACACAUGAUUGUCAAGACUUGCACAGAUCGGUGAGAAACUCUUAUAUGUGCAGAUGAUGCCUACUUGUGUGGACACACUCAGUUUAGGAUAAAAGAAAAGAAAGAAAAAAAAAAAAAAAGAAGGGAUUAUCGUGUUUGUUACGUCAGGCUAACUGGAACAGGAAUCUUCUAGCCUUAUGUUAUUGUUAAGUAGUAAAGAUAUGAGAAACUUGAGGUCCUUGUGGAUGCAUAUAGAUAUUUCUUUAGUAUUUUCAGGAUUAUUGUGUUGAUGAGUUACAUUGAUCCAUUCGCUUUAGAUGUCUACAUUGACAUUGCAGAUGA